AUGACUGCAACAGGUGCCCCUAGCGGAGGAUCCAGUGCAGGUUACGGCGGACAAGCACCGCAUCGAUCUUAUGAAGAGCGAGCUGCGGCAAGGGAACAAAUGAUGAACAACAUACGGGAGACUUCACAGCAAGACCGCCGUGUCUAUGUCGGCAAUCUUUCUUACGAUGUGAAAUGGCAUCAUCUUAAAGAUUUUAUGAGACAGGCUGGAGAGGUGCUCUUUGCUGAUGUGCUCCUUCUCCCCAAUGGAAUGUCGAAGGGAUGCGGAAUUGUGGAAUAUGCAACGAGAGAGCAGGCUCAGCAAGCCGUUGCUCAAUUGAGCAACCAGAACCUGAUGGGACGCCUGGUUUACGUCCGAGAGGAUCGUGAAGCUGAGCCACGAUUUAUCGGUGCCACCGGAGGCAACCGCGGUGGGGUUAGUGGAGGAAUGUCAGGCGGCUUUAACAACCAAGGCGGCUAUGGCGGUCCUCCUGGCGCCGGCGGCCGACAAAUCUACGUGGCUAAUCUUCCAUUCAACAUCGGGUGGCAGGAUCUGAAGGAUCUUUUCCGACAAGCUGCGCGUGUGGGCGGCGUUAUUCGCGCUGAUGUACACCUCGGGCCUGACGGCCGUCCCAAAGGCUCUGGUAUCGUUGUAUUUGAGAAUCCUGACGAUGCUCGAAAUGCUAUUCAGCAAUUCAAUGGGUAUGACUGGCAAGGACGAAUGCUUGAGGUCCGUGAAGACCGAUAUGCUGGUUCUGGCGGGAUGGGCUUCUCUGGACGUGGGGGUUAUGGCGGCGGUAUGAGAGGCGGAUUCAGCGGCGGGUUCGGUCGUGGAGGUUAUGGGGGCGGUCGUGGAGGCUUCGGUUUCGGCGGUCGCGGAGGCUUCUCUGGUGGUGGAGGCAACUUCGAUGCCUCGGCCGCUGCUGCAGUCCCCCCGAACCCUUUCACAGACGGCGCUACCGCCGGGACAGAGAAGGGCGAGACAAUCUACGUCCGAAAUCUUCCAUGGUCCACGAGCAACGACGAUCUGGUGGAUUUGUUCACCACAAUUGGUAAGGUGGAACAGGCCGAAAUACAGUACGAACCUAGUGGUCGGUCCAGAGGCACAGGUGUGGUUCGUUUCGAUACUGCAGAGACUGCAGAGACUGCGAUUGCCAAGUUCCAGGGCUAUCAAUACGGCGGCCGUCCGCUCAACUUGAGUUUUGUAAAGUAUCUCAAUCAGCCCAGUGGCGACAGCAUGGAAACCGGCACACAUGGUGGCUUGACGCAAGACCAGAUUAUGUAG